AAACAUAAACAAUUGACGGAGCAGUUUUUCUUCUUUCUCCAUGGUGAGAAACUCUCUCUCGCUCGAGAUCGAUGACAAUGGCGGCGCCGGAAGAGACGGUAAUCACAACAACGCUAACAACGUCGCCGGAAACGGAGAGACUUCUUUCCAUUCUAUUAGAGAUCGACUCCGUCUCAAGCGCAAUUCAAGCGAUAGGCGAGAUCGAUCUCACUCAGGUUUGGAUCGGCCUUCAUUGCGUAACCGACCUCAUCACAUUGCCCGAUCCUUGAAUCGCAAGGGCUUGAUUUCGUUACUUAAGCCUCGUGGUACCUGUUUGUUCUACUUUCUCGUCGCGUUCACGGUUUGUGCGUUCGUUAUGUCAUCGCUGUUGCUUCAGAAUUCGAUUACUUGGCAAGGGAAUGUGAAACGAGGGCAGGUGAGAAGUCAAAUUGGAUUGGGGAGUACGUUGAAGUAUGUGCCUGGAGGAAUUGCGAGAACAUUGAUUGAAGGAGAAGGGCUUGAUCCCUUGCGUUCAACGGUCAGGAUCGGCGUUCGUCCGCCAAGGCUAGCUCUCGUACUAGGGAAUAUGAAGAAAGAUCCCCGAACACUAAUGUUGGUCACAGUUAUGAAGAAUCUUCAAAAACUGGGUUAUGCGUUUAAGGUUUUUGCCGUAGAGAAUGGUGAAGCACGCUCAUUGUGGGAACACCUAGCUGGCCAUGUCAAACUUUUGGUUUCAGAGCAGUUGGGGCACGCUGAUUGGACAAUUUUUGAAGGUGUUAUUGCUGAUUCGCUUGAAGCAAAAGAAGCCAUUUCAAGUCUUAUGCAGGAGCCAUUUCGUUCAGUACCACUUAUAUGGAUAGUUCAUGAAGAUAUUCUUGCAAAUCAGUUGCCUGUUUACCAAAGGAUGGGCCAGAACUCUCUAAUCUCCCAUUGGAGAAGUGCUUUUGCGAGAGCAGAUGUUGUUGUCUUUCCACAGUUUACCCUGCCGAUGUUGCACAGCGUUCUUGACGAUGGGAACUUCGUUGUGAUUCCGGAAUCUGUAGUUGAUAUUUGGGCUGCGGAAAGCUACAGUGAAACCCAUACAAAACAAAAACUAAGGGAAAUUAACGAAUUUGGCGAGGAAGACGUGAUCAUCUUGGUGCUUGGGAGCUCCUUCUUUUAUAAUGAGUUUUCUUGGGAUAAUGCCGUGGCAAUGCACAUGUUGGGACCACUUUUAACACGAUAUGGGAGGAGAAAAGAUACCAGCAAUUCUUUUAAGUUUGUUUUUCUAUAUGGUAAUUCUACCAAAGGACAGAGUGAUGCUGUACAGGAGGUUGCAUCGAGGCUCGGGCUGACCGAAGGCACUGUUCGGCAUUUUGGUUUGAACGAGGAUGUGAAUAAAGUUCUACUGAUGGCUGAUAUUCUUGUUUAUGCUUCGUCCCAAGAGGAACAAAAUUUUCCUCCAUUAAUUGUGCGAGCUAUGAGCUUUGGCAUCCCUAUCAUAACACCCGACUUUCCUGUCAUGAAAAAAUAUCUGGCUGACGAGGUUCAUGGAAUAUUUUUCCGAAGAAACGAUCCUGAUGCACUAUUGAAGGCUUUUUCACCCUUGAUAUCAGAUGGAAGGCUCUCUGAGUUUGCUCAAACAAUUGCUUCUUCAGGAAGACUCUUAACUAAGAACUUAAUGGCAACAGAAUGCAUUACUGGUUAUGCUCGGCUUUUGGAGAACAUACUCCAUUUUCCAUCUGAUACUUUCUUGCCAGGUUCUAUUUCUCAACUUCAAGGGGCAGCAUGGGAGUGGAGUUUCUUCAGGAGCGAAUUAGAGCAGCCGAAAAGCUUCGUCCUGGACUCCGCUUAUGCUUCAAUUGGAAAAUCUGGAAUUGUUUUCCAAGUCGAAGAGAAGUUCAUGGGUGUUAUUGAGUCAACAAACCCUGUUGACAACAAUACCCUGUUUGUUUCCGAUGAGCUUCCUUCCAAAUUAGACUGGGAUGUUCUUGAAGAGAUUGAGGGAGCUGAAGAGUACGAGAAAGUAGAAUCUGAGGAGCUAGAGGACAGAAUGGAAAGAGAUGUUGAAGACUGGGAGGAGAUAUACCGAAAUGCUCGCAAAUCGGAGAAGCUAAAAUUUGAGGUGAAUGAACGGGAUGAAGGAGAGCUAGAACGAACUGGCCAGCCUUUAUGUAUUUAUGAGAUUUACGAUGGAGCUGGGGCUUGGCCCUUUCUGCAUCAUGGCUCUCUGUACCGUGGUUUGAGCCUGUCCAGCAAAGAUCGAAGGCUAAGCUCAGACGAUGUAGAUGCAGCAGACCGAUUACCUCUACUGAAUGAUACCUAUUAUCGAGAUAUACUUUGUGAAAUUGGAGGAAUGUUUUCUGUCGCAAAUAAAGUGGAUAGCAUUCACAUGAGACCUUGGAUUGGAUUUCAGUCAUGGCGUGCUGCUGGUAGGAAGGUCUCGUUAUCAUCUAAAGCUGAAGAGUCCCUGGAAAACAUUAUAAAACAAGAAACAAAGGGGGAGAUUAUUUACUUCUGGACAAGAUUAGACAUUGAUGGUGAUGAGUAUGGAAGGAAAAAUGCGCUUACAUUCUGGUCUAUGUGUGAUAUCCUUAACCAAGGAAACUGCAGAACCACUUUUGAAGAUGCAUUCCGGCAUAUGUAUGGGUUACCAGAACACAUUGAAGCGCUUCCUCCCAUGCCUGAAGAUGGUCAUCACUGGUCUUCUCUCCACAAUUGGGUGAUGCCAACUCCGUCUUUCCUCGAGUUUGUCAUGUUCUCAAGGAUGUUCUCAGAGUCUCUAGAUGCACUGCACAACAAUCUUAAUGACUCCAAAAGUUGCUCACUGGCUUCAUCACUGCUCGAGAGAAAGCAUUGUUACUGCCGGGUUCUGGAACUAUUGGUUAAUGUCUGGGCAUAUCAUAGCGGGAGAAAGAUGGUUUACAUAAACCCGAGAGAUGGGUUACUCGAGGAACAACAUCCGUUACUGCAACGAAAAGGUUUAAUGUGGGCAAAGUACUUUAACUUCACUUUACUGAAAAGCAUGGAUGAAGACUUAGCAGAAGCAGCAGAUGAUAAAGACCAUCCAAGGGAAAGAUGGCUAUGGCCAUUAACCGGAGAAGUACACUGGAAAGGUGUUUACGAGAGGGAACGUGAAGAAAGAUACCGAUUGAAAAUGGACAAGAAGCGUAAAACUAAGGAGAAACUUUACGAUAGGAUCAAAAACGGUUACAAGCAGAAAUCACUGGGAGGAUGAAAACAGAGAUUUACUUGAGUAGAGCGAACGGAUUAACUCGGGCGCAGUCUCGACGAAAGUUAAUUCUUUUUUUGACAGGGGGAAGCAAAACACAAUGAGAAUCAGACGGAGAUCAUCGAAAGCAAAGAUUCACUCUUGCCAUUUCUCUGGAGAUAAUAGGAGAGGGUUUAGAUUUAGAAUUUAUUCUUCACCAUUAAAGUAAAGGUGUUUCC